AUGCCGCCGCGCCGCCCUUCUGCACGGCUUCCUGCAGCUAAGCCCACGGACGUUGAGAGCAAGUCGGCAGGCUUAUGCUACAGGGAACAGCCUAGCAAUGCAACCUUCGAGUCAAAGUCACCCCAUCCCCGAUACUGCCCUGUCCGCUACUUGGUGCAGAACGGAAUAGCUGCUUCGAUGGCUGUCAUUGUGCAGCGUCUGCCUAUAGCGGCUUCUGGCGGCAGAGGAGAAAAAGAUAUGUGCUACUUAUUUUUGGGUGUUGCUGAAGACUUCCAGGGAAAGCCUUGUGAGGACCCUGCAACACAGCUGGCAGAGAACGAGUACCUCCUGUUACAGCUGUUUGCCAUGAAUAUCUCGAGGGCACACUUCACUGGCUACUCGGUUGUGCCCCUUUCGGACGUAGCCCCAGGCCAUGGGGUCGCAUUUAUCUCUCAGAGACCACAGUCGGGCAUUUAUUGA